AUGGAUUUACACGUCCACACCGGUAGCCCCAGCACUCCUGUUGCACAUCAGCCUGUCGUUCCCUCAAUCUUUCUGUCCCCGGAGCACUGGUCAUCAACAUCCUUUCAAAGUCCAACCAGUCAUGAAGUAUUGAGCAUUUCAUCCCUGGUCCCCUCUACAGUCCUCACACUCAUGCCCCACUGCAAUCCCACAACUAAUGGAAACUGUAAUCCAGAGUUUCCAUCCUUUUCUCAACCUGCAGAAUCUUCAUCCUCUGGUUUCUCAGAGUCUCAAGAUCUCAAGACCCUGACGUCACCCGUCCCUUGUAGUGACAGUCCCCUGGAAGCUCCGCUGAGGAAGCCGUCAGAUGGGGGACCACUGGAGGAGGGAUCAGUCGGUCUCAUGUUACCCAAAGAUCUCCCUGAGGAAGAGCCAGAUGCAGCAUCUCAAGCAUGUUCAUCUCGUGACGUGUUGCUGAUCAUGAGCUUCCCUCUCAUCAUCAUCCCCAUCAUCAGCUCUGCUUUAUUAGUGAAGUUCCUGGUGUUCCCCUCUGAGGCUGAAGCUUCUAUCCCCUGUGGUGCAAAAGGGAACUGCAGUGUCCCAACUCCGGUGUCUUUUCUGUCCAAGAAUCCUGUGAACCAGACAGAAAACAUCACAGCAGACUGCACAGCUGUAGCCAAUGAUGGCCGACGUAUUGUCGGGGGGACGCUGGCGGCCAGCGGCAGGUGGGGCUGGCAGGUCAGCUUGCACUGGAGGGGGAAGCACGUCUGUGGAGGCGCCAUCAUCUCCUCUCGCUGGGUCAUCACUGCGGCUCACUGCUUUGUCGAGAACAACAUGCUUGAAGUGGCUGACUGGCAGGUGGUGGUGGACACGGUGAGCAUUGCUCACGGCUCUCAGGGCCAACGCUACCGAGCACUGCAGGUCCUCUACCACCCCCACUUCAACACCUACAACAAUGACUACGACGUGGGCCUGCUGCGCACCAUCACUGACAUGGACAUGAGCGGUGGGAUGCGACCGGUGUGUUUACCUCACCCGAGUGAGUCUUUUCCUCCUGGAGCUGCCUGUUGGAUCACAGGCUGGGGAUACGUUCAUGAAGGAGGCUUUGUUUCAGACGAGCUGAGGCAGGCUCAGGUCAAGGUGAUAGCUCAGUCCGUCUGCUCCCACUCGAGCGUCUACGGCGUCUUCCUGACUCCUCGGAUGAUUUGUGCUGGCACAAUGGACGGAGGGGUGGACUCCUGCCAGGGGGACAGUGGAGGACCCCUGGUCUGUGAGACAGCCCGUGGGGAGUGGAGGCUGGCAGGGGUGGUGAGUUGGGGAGAGGGCUGCGGACGGAGAAACAAACCAGGCGUCUACAGUCGAGUAACGCAACUGAUCAGCUGGGUUGAAAGAUAUACAGAGGACAAACCAGAGGAAGUGGAGGAGACAACCACAGCCAACGAUAGAGACUGA